UUUCAGACUCUUCAAUUAUCGAUUUUUCAGUAUUCCAGUUAAGAAUAGAUAAAGAUAAUAUUAUUAUUGUAAUACGCAUAUUGAAAGGAGAAGGUAAACGCUACAUUUUAAGAGGGCCUAUUUCCCAAUCAAAAAGAAUAGCGCGUCCACUAUAGGGUUAAAAGUUUAAUUGAAAACUUAUCGGUACCUGUCUAUCAUAGCAAUAUAUACGCGUUGUCCGCGUUUAAAAGCACAUCGUGUGAGUUGAUCACACGUACGUUGGUCCGGGUACGAGCCGGCCGCGAAAGUCACGUUUACUCGCAAAUAUUUACACAAAUGGUACACAGUACCCAAACAUAACGCGGCAACGGCACUCUUGAUUUUUUUAAAACAAAUUAUCAUUUAUUCAAAGUACAAUUAUGUUACGUUUAAUUCAGAUAGUGCUCCUGUUUAUUUUCGCGUGGAAUCGGGUCGGCGAUGCAUCACGACAAAAGGUCCUCGUAACCGUAUAUUACGAGAGCAAGUGUCCGGACAGUAGAUACUUCGUAAGGGAUCAACUGCAGCCGGCUGUUAACUUGCUCCACAAAUAUAUAAGACUAAAACUUGUACCCUUUGGAAAAGCUCAUAGUAUAGACAGAGGUCGUAAUGGAUUCAAAUGUCAGCACGGGCCUUCAGAAUGUGCCGGUAAUAUGGUGCAGAGCUGCGCGUUGGAUCUCAUGCAGGAGCGAAACGACGUGGAAAAGGUUUCUUAUGUCAACUGCGAAAUGCAAACAGAAGCUGGAACUAGGAACGACAUGCGGUGCGUCGUCGAAGCAGGCCUGAGACCGUCUGAUGUGCAAGACUGUAUCAGGUCGAGAGGCAGAUCACUGCAACUCGAAGCUGAAUACCUGACCAAUCAGAUAAGGCCUAGAUUUAUACCAACUACUACUCUCAAUGGGGUAUUCAAACAAAUUGAUCAAGAUUCUUCAUUGAGAGACUUGACAGCAACGUUAUGCACAGUAAUCAGAGAAGGUCCUUGCGCGCACUACCAUUCAAUGUUACGCUACAUACUCCUUUAAACGAACAAUAAAUUUAUACAUUUUACCAAU